UCAAUUAAUAGCAAUAAAUCAGACAUUACUGAGUUUUAAUCAGAAAAAAGAUGACUAUGCUUGUAGUUUUAUUCAGCACUCUCGCCCUCGCUUUCAUAGGGGUGUCCUUCGCCUUUGAUCCUACUCCCUUGCAAGAUUUCUGCGUUUCAGAUGUCAAAAGCCCGGGAUGCAAGAGCCCGGAAAGCGUUACACCCGACGACUUCUUCUACAGCGGGAUGAAUUUGCCGGGCAACACGAGCAACCCGUAUCGGGCCGGGCUGAAAGCGGCCCGAAUUCCAGGGCUGAACACUCUCGGGCUUACAUUGGCCCGCCUCGAUUUCUUGCCAGGCGGAUUCAUCCCACCGCACUAUCACCCGAGGGCGGCCGAGAUUCUGACUGUUCUAGAAGGUUCCAUGGAAGUCGGAUUCGUAACCUCGUACCCUAACUACAAACACUAUGCCAAAGUUCUUCAGAAGGGUGGUGUCUUUGUCGUCCCCGUCGGGCUUGUCCACUACCAGCGCGGCGUCGGGGCGGCCAACACGGUGGUUCUGUCGGCGGUCAACAGCCAGAACGCCGGAAUUGUUGAAGUCGCCGGCGGUAUCUUCGGCGCAAAACCUGCCAUUAACAGCGAUUAUCUAUCAAGUGCUUUUAGGUUGGAUAAGAAAACCGUGGAGAUGCUCCAGUCCAAGCCUUGGUCUUGAGCGUUAAUUGUAGAAUUAUGUGUAUGUUAUUUUAUCAUGUUUGGAUUUUCUAUUAAUAAAAAUCUUCUGAUUUAUAUUUA